UGAAACAUCCAUCAACAACCCACCAUUUCGUCAUCUCCAAAAUCAUUUUCUACUUUAAUUUCCUUCUGAAGGUUGCAAUGGCUGACGCUGGCGUUGACUGUAGCAAAAAUGCCGGCAAACCCAUAAAAUGCCGAGCGGCGGUGGCGAGGAAAUCUGGGGCUCCCCUAGUGAUAGAAGACGUGAUCGUGGAGCCUCCUAAAUCCCACGAAGUUCGGAUCAAAAUUAUUUGCACUUCUCUCUGUCACAGCGAUGUUACUUUCUUGAACUUGAACGACCCUCCGGCAUGUUUUCCAAGAAUUCUGGGACAUGAAGCCGUCGGUGUGGUGGAGAGUGUUGGCGAUAGUGUAAGCGAGCUUGUUGAAGGCGAUAUGGUUAUUCCAAUAUUCGUGCCGGAUUGUGGGGAGUGUAUAGAUUGCAAAUCUGAGAAGAGCAACCUGUGUACCGAAUUCCCGUUCAGAAUCGAUCCUUGGAUGCACGAUGGCUCGAGCAGAUUUAAAGACCUCAACGGAGAGACUUUAUAUCACUUCCUAUUCGUGUCAAGUUUCACAGAGUACACAGUCGUGCAUGUUGCUAAUGUAACCAAAAUUGAUUCAACAAUCCCUCCAAACAGGGCUUGUCUCCUAAGUUGUGGAGUGUCGACAGGUGUCGGAGCUGCGUGGAGGACUGCAGAUGUUAAACCAGGAUCUACUGUUGCCAUCUUUGGUUUGGGAUCAAUUGGGUUGGCAGUUGCAGAAGGGGCAAGAUUAUGUGGGGCUGCUAGAAUCAUUGGCAUUGAUGUGAACCCGGAAAAGAUGGAAAUAAGCAAAAGAUUUGGAGUAACCGAUUUUGUUGACUCGACAAGCUGUGUAGAAAAACGAGUAAGCCAGGUGAUAAACGAGAUGACCGGUGGGGGAGCAGACUAUUGCUUUGAAUGCGUUGGAAAAGCAUCCAUAGUUGAGGAAGCUUACGCUUGCUGCCGGAAGGGAUGGGGUAAGACAGUGGUGCUUGGGGUGGACAAACCUGGCGCGCAGCUGACGUUUAGCUCGUAUGAGGUCCUUCAUCGUGGAAAGGCUAUCUUGGGAUCCUUUUUUGGAGGCCUCAAACCCAAGACCGACAUAACGAUUCUUAUUAAGAAGUACACGGACAAGGAAUUGGAACUGGACAAGUUUGUGACGCAUGAGGUGGGUUUCGAGGACAUCAAUAAAGCUUUUGAUUUACUCAUCCAAGGAAAGAGCCUAAGGUGUGUGAUUUGGAUGGACAAGUGAAUUUGUUACUCUCUUGCCUAAAAUUGUUUCUGUAUUUCAUGACAUGAAAAGAAUGUAAUACUAAUAAUUAAAUAAAACCUAGCUAUUGAUUGUGUAUUAGUAUAGCUGUCAAAACAAUGGUUUGGCUUGGCCAGCCUGUCGUAUGGAAACUAGUUAGGUGUGUCAAAAAUGAUGAGGCUGACUUGAAUUAUCAAAAAUUGAUAAGUAGUAUUUGAUUGAUUACAAGCGUUUAUGUAUGUAAAUGAAAAAUGUACGCCGUACACUAAAUCAAUAUGAAAAAAUAUAGUUUUAUAAA